AUGUCUUCCCCACCGAUCAAAGUCGCCGUGCUUGGCUUUGGCAUGUCUGCCCAAGGUCAGUCCCACCGCCGGUCUCGCGAUCGAUCAAGUUCUCGGUCAACUUCGGCAUCCCAUCAUCGAUUAGGCGCCAGACGGGCUGAGGUGGCAGACGAAGCCACGACUCGCCUGCCACUGCUCCAACUAACCCGUCGCACAUCCAACCCCACACAGUCUUCCAUAUCCCCUUCAUCCAAUCCCUCUCGCAGCACUCCCACCUCACCACCAUCCUCGAACGCUCCGCCACAGCCGACAGCUCCAAAGCCCGUGAUGCGUUCCCCGAGGUCAAGGUCGUCACCCACUUGCAACACGUGCUGGACGAUGACGAGCUCGAACUGGUCUUUGUUUCGACAAUUAACGAUACCCAUUAUGAGUAUACAAAGGUGAGCACGGCCAGAAUCUGAUCUUGAUCCACCCCACCAAAGGGCCCACACCGUCGCCGGAGUCCGCAGGAGCGCGGGAGCGCGACAGAGUGCUCACGACCCCUUUUUCACAGGCCAUCUUGAACGCCGGCAAACACGUCGUGUGCGAGAAAGCGCUAACCCCCACCUCGGCCGAGGCAUACGAGUUGGCCGAAUUGGCAAGCAAGAAGAACCUUGUCCUGGCUGUGUACCAGGUAGGUCACUGCAAGAACUCAAGGAGUACCAUGAUCUUGAGAAAUCAGCUGAUAGCUCGUCGUGAUGCUACCCGCCCCAGAACCGCCGAUGGGAUUCCGAUUUCUUGACCUUGAAGCAAGUGCUCGCCGAGAAUCGCCUCGGUGAAUUAAGCGAGUUUACGUCCCAUUUUGAUCGCUACAAGAACGAGGCCGCGACGACAAAGUUGUGGAAGGAGAAGGUGGGUCGCAAAUACCCUUCCCGUGUCCACCUUCGAGAGUGCAAACCGCUGAGUUCACUUUUUUGGAUUCGGCAGGACUUGCCUGGAAGUGGAGCGGCAUACGAUCUCGGAUCCCAUCUGGUGAGUCUCUGACUACAACGACCCAGGUGUAGUAUCUAACUUCUUGGACCAUGCCUAAACGAAUCCCAUGUCUUCCAGGUCGACCAAAUCCUCGCCCUCUUCGGCAAGCCCCAAGCCGUGACGGGUUUCGUGCGCAACUCUCGCUCGAUCGGUAAUCCCGACGUACCCGACUCGUUCCUCAUUCAUCGUAUGUCAUCUCCUCUGCUAAGUCCGUGCCACAAAUCUUUUCUCAAAGCGGUUCAUUUUCUCCUCACAUACAGUGCAUUACCCCUCAACCUCGGAAGCAGGUCGUCGGCUGCCCCUGAUCGCGACCGCACGAGGAAGUGUCCUCUCCCUCGUCUCACCUCAAAUGAGGUUCACAGUAAAAGGUACCGUACCCCACCCGAAGGCUUUCCACCCCAUCGAAUCCUUCCAACUAAAAACCCCCAUCAACACUUCCCCUCCCACAAGGCACCAAAGGAGCUUUCAUCGAACACGGCUUGGACGUGCAAGAGGACCAACUCAAGAAAGGGGCCAAGAGCGCGGUUGACCAAGCUGAUUUUGGAGUUGAACCCAAGGAGUUGCAAGGGACGUUAUACGAGGUUGAGGGGGGCCAUAAGUGAGUUUAAAUCAUAGACUUUGGUUUAGUUCCGCGGGGGGGGGAUUUAUACUGACGCUUCUGGAGUUCGUGUGAAAAGGAUCGAAACCGAGACGGGGAACUACAAGGCUUGGUUCGAGAAUGUCGCCGAGGUGAGUAUUAUUUUCCCUAUCUUUGCCCCAUGUCAUGAACUAACGAAAGACUCCGAUACUCCUUCAACUCAGGCCAUCCGAUCAAAAGACCGAAGCAAGCUCAUCGUCACGCCCGAAGCAGCGGCGUUGACGAUCGAGAUCAUUGAAAAAGCCACUCAGAGCUCAAAGGAGGGUCGUACGAUACAAUUGUAG